AUAAGGCGAAUUAUAAUGAAGAACAAUGACGAACAAGUUCCAUUUAUCGAUAAUCGCCCAAUUGCAGUCGAAGCAAAUCAGUGCAAUAUUCAUGUAUUAAUAAAUUUAUUUUUAAUGGUAUUUUUAAUAUUACCAGCUUAUAUACACGCAAUAUGGUAUUGUUUCUUUAGAAAACAACCGACUAAUCAGAUUUCUUAA